AAUAAUUCUCUUAUAUUAAAGAAAGUUAAAUGUAGCUUUUUACCAGAUUCAUUAAACCCUGAUUCCCCUCAUCUAUCUCCUCUCCCGAAUCGUCAAAUCAAAGUCAUUCAUUCACGGACUUUCUGCUCGUUUUUAGCUUCGAUGGAGAGAAAAGUGAUAGUGGUUUGCUCUAUAGUUGGGUUUCUAGGGUUACUCUCAGCAGCUAUGGGUUUUGCUGCCGAAGCCACCAAAAUAAAGGCAUCUCAAAUUCAGUUUCCAACUCCUACUACUUGUGUAUAUCCAGGCAGCCCGGCCCUUGUUCUUGGCUUAGCAUCAGCAAUUGCUCUUAUGGUUGCUCAUAUUAUCCUUAAUAUAUCAACUGGUUGCAUUUGCUGCAGAAGAACUCCUGUUCAAAAUACUUCAAGUUGGACAUUGGCAUUGGUCUGCUUUGUUAUCUCAUGGUCCACAUUUGUUGUAGCUUUCCUUUUAUUGUUGACGAGUGCAGCUCUCAACGAUGAACGUGGCGACGAUGCCAUGUCUUUUGGAAAUUACAAUUGUUACGUAACAAAACCGGGAGUCUUUUCAGGGGCAGCUGUAUUAUCUCUGGUGAGUGUUAUUCUGGGUAUUGUAUAUUAUCGUGUAGUUAAUUUGUUAAAGAAAACCGAAGUGCGUCCUCCUUCUCCUUUGUGGGCUGUGCCUAUCGCCCAACCUGUUAAUCUAAACGGCAUUGCAAUGGGUCGACCAGUCCAUCCUUCUCCAUCGAGUUCACAAGAUGCGGUCUUUGUGCAUGAAGAUACAUAUAUGAGAAAGCAAUUGGCAUGACUGAUUCAAUGUUUGUUUCUUAUGUCACAUUUCUUUAUCUUCUUUGAUUUAAUAUACCAUUCCUGGAAUAGGAUUUGAGGAUAUAUUUAUUUGGAGAAGUUGGAACUGAGGUUAUAAAAACUAUUAUAAGUGAAUUAUUGAUUGGGAAUCAUUUAUUGUGUU